AUGUUGCUCAAUUCCCUUUGCUUCCUUGCCUGUGCUGCACUUGCUACCGCUCACCCCGACCACGACCAAAAGCCAAUCGCUGGUCCUCACAAGAGCUUAUGGUACAAUACCAGGAGACCAAUCCCAGGUGAUGGUGGAACUCAGGCCGAUGCCGUCUUCUCAGGCAUCUCGACAUUUGGCCGUCUCCCAUACUGGCCCUGCCUCGCGGAUGACAGCAAGAAAUACGAUAUUGCCUUCCUAGGAGCGCCCUUUGACACCGGAACCUCCUACCGCCCAGGCGCACGUUUCGGUCCUAAUGGCAUCAGACAAGGUUCUCGCCGUCUCAAUCUCUACGGCGGCUACAACGUCCCCCUCGACGCCAACCCUUUCAAUAGUUGGGCCACGGUGAUUGACUGUGGAGAUAUACCCGUUACAUCCUACGACAAUGCCUAUGCAAUCCAACAAAUCGAAGACGGUCACAACAGCCUCCUCAUGCGCGCACCCGCCACAAAUGCAAAAGAGAUCGGCCCUGCAAAGGACAAAAAGACCCUGCCCCGCAUCAUAACCCUCGGCGGCGACCACACCAUCACGCUCCCUCUCCUGCGCUCCAUCAACAAAGCCUACGGUCCCAUCAGCGUCAUACAUUUCGACUCCCACCUCGACACCUGGAAGCCCAAAGUCUUCGGCGGAGCCCCUACGCUUCAAGCCUCUAUAAACCACGGCACAUAUUUCUACCACGCGCACGGAGAGGGGUUGUUGGCGAACGAUACGAACAUACACGCGGGGAUCCGCACGACGUUGAGCGGGUUGAGCGACUACGACAAUGAUGGAUACUGCGGGUUCGAGAUUGUGGAGGCGAGGGAAAUCGAUACGAUCGGGACGGGUGGGAUCAUCAAGAAGAUCCGAGAUCGAGUCGGCACGGAAAGACCAGUGUAUCUGAGCAUCGACAUCGACACCUUGGACCCAGCAUUCGCCCCCGCAACCGGCACGCCCGAAACCGGCGGCUGGACGACGCGCGAACUGCGCACGAUCAUCCGCGGGCUGGAAGGCAUCAACUUCGUCGCGGCCGACAUUGUCGAGGUGGCGCCGGCAUACGACACCAACGCGGAGCUCACGACCAUGGCGGCGGCGGACACCCUGUUCGAGGUGAUGGGUCUCAUGGUGAAGAGGGGGCCGAUGAGCGUGAUGGGCAAGGGGGAGGGGCGGGGCGACGGGGAGAAGGAUUCGGUGAGGGGGAAGAAGGAGGAGUUGUGA